AUGAAUCGUUAUCAUGCACGUGUUCUCAUUGAUAAGUUCAAAGAGGAGGCUGAGCUGCGAGGAUUGACGAAUCAGGUACUUGUUACUGCUUGCUAUCACAUUGGCCACAAGUAUGCUAGAACACUCAGUAUCUACAUCCCAGAUUCAGAUGGAAGCAUGACAUGCCAUUGGUAUCCCGUCGUCACUCCUGAUGAUGUGCCGAAAUUGCUUGAUCGGCAUAUUGGGAAGGGAGAGAUUAUAGAACGACAUUGGAGGGGCCAAAUGGGAGCAUCUUGUAAUGAAGCUGAAGAAAUUAAUGACCGGGAGCUUCCAAAUGGAGAAGAAAAUAAGAAAAUCGAGGAGCCCCAAGAAACCACAGAGGCGUGUGCCAGGACGGAUGCCUUAGGGAAGCUGUCAAGCUUGAUCAGGAACUGGGAGCAAAGCGAUGUUCUGACAGCUGUUGCCGUGGUUGGAGCAGUGGCAACAAUGGCCAUGGCCUAUAGCUUUUUAUAG